CUCCUUGCUCAGAAGUGGCCUUUUGGAGAUUCUGAAUUUGGACAGUUUCUUUGCAAAUUCCUCCCCUUUAUACAGAAGGCAUCAGUGGGAAUCACAGUCCUUAAUCUCUGUGCCCUUAGUGUGGACAGGUAUAGAGCAGUUGCGUCCUGGAGCCGUGUUCAGGGAAUUGGAAUCCCUAUGAUCACUGCUAUUGAAAUUUUCUCCAUUUGGCUUCUGUCCUUCAUACUGGCUAUUCCAGAAGCAAUUGGUUUUGCUGUGGUACCUUUCAGAUACAAGGAUGAAGGUUAUGUUACCUGCAUGCUCAAUCCUACAAAUAAUUUUAUGUUGUUUUACAAAGAUGCAAAGGAUUGGUGGCUGUUUGGUUUCUAUUUCUGCAUGCCACUGGCGUGCACUGCCAUCUUUUAUACGCUAAUGACUUGUGAAAUGUUAAACAGAAGAAACAGCAACUUGAGAAUCGCUCUGAGUGAACACCUUAAGCAGCGUCGAGAAGUUGCAAAGACAGUUUUCUGUUUAGUAGUGAUUUUUGCUCUUUGCUGGUUCCCCCUCCAUUUGAGCCGAAUUUUGAAGAAAAUGGUAUACAAUGAAAGAGAUCCCGGCAGAUGCGAACUGCUCAGUUUCUUGCUGCCUUUGGAUUAUAUCAGCAUCAACCUGGCAACCAUGAACUCUUGUAUAAACCCAAUAGCUCUGUAUUUUGUGAGCAAGAAAUUUAAAAACUGUUUCCAGUCAUGUCUUUGCUGUUGCUGCUCCCAGUCUAAGAGUCUAGUGACUUCGAUGCCCAUGAAUGGAACAAGCAUUCAGUGGAAAAAUCAAGAACUAAACAAUCACAAUACAGAUCGAAGCAGCCAUAAAGACAGCAUAAACUGA